AUGAAUUGCCCCUCUCGGACCGACGAUACUCUCCUGCAUGAUGAGUGGAAUCAGAACCCGCCGCAUUUCGCUCCUGACUUGACGACUCGCCAAGACUUCAUCGGCAUCUCAAACGCCCGCGAGCACAAAGACGAUGACAAUGGUCUGGUGUUGCUUCAGGGCCAGUCGAAUUGGGCUUUUAUACAGCCGCUCGAAUCAUCAGAUCGGGGGAAACGCUUCCCUCAGGGGCGCGAGGCGUCCACAGGACCCCUCGCUCCCCAGAAGACCAAUCCUAGCAUUGGUCAUGGAGAAGUAUAUCCAAUCAAGAGUACUUCGUCCUAUCAAAAAUUCAAGGACUGGGCAAUCUGGCUGCUCUCAGUCCUCUGCGUCUCUGCCCUUAUUUCCUACGACAGCCUAAGCAAGUACUUCAUCUCGAAACCACCUCUCGUUCUUGACGCGCCUCUUUCUGUUGAACAGCAAGACCCAGAGCCAGCCAAGCGAUCAAGUUGUGCCACAGGUGGUGUCCGUGGAGCUGCAUACGAUCUCCCACUGCAUGUUGCAGCGCUGUUCAUCAUCCUUGGAACAUCGACUAUUGCAUGUGCAUUCCCAAUUCUUGCAACUCGGUUCCCGCGACUUCACAUCCCGACCUCAUUUCUGUUUUUCGUCAGUCAUUUUGGAACUGGUGUUUUGAUCGCUACUGCAUUCGUGCAUCUGCUUCCUACUGCAUUCGAAUCAUUGAACGACCCAUGUCUAUCGAGUUUCUGGACUAGUGACUACCCUGCCAUGCCGGGUGCUAUUGCACUCGCUGGUGUGUUCUUUAUCACGAUCAUUGAGAUGGUAUUCAGUCCAGCUCAGAGUAUUUGUCGUGGAGGGAACCAUGGCUCAUCGCCGAAUCCACCCUCACCCUGUCCUGGUAGAGAUGUUCCAACCCAACUUUCUGAUCCUAGCUCUAUUGAGCCUAGAGCACAGAGCUCACACUCUGCCACACCAGGCCUUCGACCCCAUGUGCGCGACAUGGGUCCCCUGGUCGGACGAUCUUCGAGUAUAAGCCGAGCGAUCAAUCGCAUGGGCGAUGAAAACGAAUCGAUCGUUCGAGUGUCUUCUGUGCCUGAAAACCAAACCCAUCACGAGAAAGAAAAUGGAACCAUCCAGUCGGAUGUAGAGCGAGAUGAGGAUCAUCAUGUUCUUUCGCCGGAUCAGAAACAGAAGAAAGAGACGAUGCAGGUUUAUCUUCUUGAAAUGGGCAUUCUGUUUCACAGUGUCUUUAUUGGCAUGUCGCUCAGUGUGUCGAUUGGGAAUGAAUUUGUUAUUUUGUUGAUCGCCAUUGUAUUCCAUCAAACUUUCGAGGGCCUGGCAUUAGGAUCCCGAAUUGCUUCGCUUCCCUGGUCAGAAGGACAACUUCAGCCCUGGUUCAUGUCACUUGCAUACGGCUGCACAACGCCAAUUGGACAGGCAAUCGGUCUUGCAACCCACACUCUCUACAGCCCUGACUCGGAAGUCGGCUUGCUCGUUGUUGGCAUUAUGAAUGCCAUUUCCGCUGGACUUUUGAUUUUCGCUUCUCUCGUGGAGCUCAUGUCAGAAGACUUUCUUAGUGAUGAGAGUUGGCGCAUCCUUCGUGGAAGAAGACGGGUUUAUGCCUGUCUUUUGGUCUUCUUGGGUGCUUUCUGCAUGUCUAUUGUUGGUGCUUGGGCCUAA